UGUCAAGUUUAAGGUUCUACUUUAUCGACAAUGGCUGAAAGAGGUGUAGAACGCGGCGCUGAGCGUGGCGGCGACCGUGGCGGUUUCGGACGCGGAUUCGGCGGUCGUGGCGGCGGCGGAAGAGGUGGUCCAAGAGGCCGUGGACGCCGUGCAGGCCGUCCCACCGAAGAAGAGAAAUGGACACCAGUCACCAAGCUCGGUCGUCUCGUACGAGACGGUAAAAUCAAGCAGCUAGAGCAGAUCUAUCUCCACUCCCUCCCCGUCAAGGAGUACCAGAUCAUAGACCUCCUCGUCGGACCUUCGUUGAAAGACGAGGUUAUGAAAAUCAUGCCUGUCCAGAAACAGACAAGAGCUGGUCAGAGGACGAGGUUCAAGGCCUUUGUCGUUGUCGGAGAUGGUAACGGACAUGUCGGGCUGGGAGUGAAGUGCUCGAAGGAGGUUGCGACUGCUAUUAGAGGUGGGAUUAUUCUUGCGAAGCUGUCUGUGAUUCCGGUGAGGAGAGGUUAUUGGGGUAACAAGAUCGGGAAGCCGCAUACUGUUCCUUGUAAGGUUACGGGGAAGUGUGGUUCCGUUACUGUGAGGAUGGUUCCAGCUCCGAGAGGUGCUGGUAUUGUGGCGGCUAGGGUUCCUAAGAAGGUUCUUCAGUUCGCUGGUAUUGAUGAUGUCUUCACUUCUUCCAGAGGAUCUACCAAAACCCUCGGAAACUUUGUUAAGGCUACAUUUGAUUGUCUACAGAAGACAUAUGGUUUCCUUACACCAGAGUUCUGGAAAGAGACGUCAUUCAAGAAAUCUCCAUACCAAGAGUACACUGAUUUCUUGUCUAGUAAGACUGAUUCUGUGGCCAAGGUUAUUACCGAGGUUGAAGACCAAGCUUAAAGAUUGUACCGCCUUUAUGAGUUUUGAGUAUUAUCAGUUUAAGACAUGGUUUUAUUAUAGGUUUGGUUGUUGCAAAUGUUUUUCCCCUCUUAUCUGCUUUGGCUAGAGAUUUUGUUCGACAUAACUAUGAUUGGUCUGUCAUAAUACACAAUUUUCAUGAA